AUGAAGGCAUCCAACGAAACACCAUCCUUAGAACAUACCCUGGCAAGCAAGGGGUUGGGAUUCCGAAAAGAUGUCAAUGUAGUGGGGACGUUGGUCUUCGCACCGCUCAUGAUGGAACCUAUCACCGAGCAGUUUGAUGAGCUUUACAACGAGCUGGACGACAUCAACAACCACGUGACUUGCAUGGCGAUGGACUGUGAUCGUUUCAAGAAGCAGGGUAGUGAGAUUGAAGUGCUUAAGGAAUAA